CCCAUACAAAUUGAAUUUUUCAAGUCGAAUAUCUUCAAAAGUGUUUAAGGUAGGAACUAGAAAAUUGGUACAGAGCUACAGGAUAACAACACCACUCUCACCUAUAAAACUGGCUAUCGAAUAAGGGGGCGUGGUACCCAUACAAACUAAAUUUUUUAAGCAAAAUAUCUGAAAGGGUUCAAGGUAGGGACCUGAAAAUUGGUAUAGACCUAUAUGGUAUCAAAAGCCUUCUUACACAUAAAAGAAGGGGUAAUCGGAAAAGGGGCCGUGGCACCUCCCAUACAAACUGAAUUUUCAAGGUGAAUAUCUUCAAAAGUGUUUAAGGUUGGAACAUGAAUAUUGGUAUAGAGCUAUAGGAAACAACCCCAUUCUCACCCAUAAAACUUGGCGUUAUCGAAAAAGGGGGCGUGGUACCUCCCAUAUAAUCUUUAAUUAUUUUGGUUGUUAAUCCACCAUAUAUUUAUCUCAUUUUCCACCUAGCACAACAUUUUGGUUGUUUCUUGCUAUUUUUGUUUAUUUAUCGGUGACAGUAGCGGUUAUAUCGUAAUUUUGGUUGUGUUACGUGCUAUUUUUGGUUUAUGGAAAUGGCAGUUUUAUGAAACAAACACAAAUUAAAUUAACGUCAAUUUUGCUUUGCAAUCGAACACGCAAAAUUUAGAGGGCAAUAAAAAUGCGCCUUGCUUUACAGAUAUAUUGAUAUAUUUUGUUUUAAAAAGUGAGUUUUUUAGCGAAAGUGAUUUAGCGUGUUGGUGAAUACCGAUUUAUGUACAUUGGAAUUUAUCAUUCAAUUGAUCUGCUUCCUUAGUUUAAUUCAUUCAUUUUUGGAGUUUUCAAAGGUAAGUUAUUGGUCCGUAAAACCUUAUACGUAUGGUAACACUUUUCGGAGUUCCCAGGCCGCAAGGAGAACACGAAAUAGCAGAGCACGUCAAAGGGAAAAUGUUAUUGAGAGGGUAUCACCACGAAAUAGACUGCUGGAGAAUAGCAUGCACCAGUUAGAAGAUGUCAACCAAACAUACAAUCAGCAAGAACGAUUGAGAAGAAGGGAAGUUAACAAUCAGCAACAACGAUCGAGAAGAAGGGAAGUUCGUGCUCGCCAAAGUGAUGAAGUAAUAUCACAACAUGCGAUUAUUUGACGACAACAGCGGCAACAUCUUUCUUUUGUGAACAUUGAACGGGCAGGUUUUCGAUAUGAUCCAAACAUUCAAUAUAGCGCAUCUGUUCAAAUUGGUCAGAUGUCUGUAGUUUGUCAAUAUUGCAAUGCAGUCAAAUUUAAAAAUGAACCGCCAGGGUUAUGUUGCGCCGGGGGAAAGUUAAGUUGCCAGAAUUGCUUCCACCACCACAGCCAUUGUUCCAGCUGCUUUACGGUGAAUCUCCUCACUCGAGCCAUUUCUUAAAGCACACUAAAAUGUACAACGAUUGUUUUCAAAUGACGUCGUUUGGCGGUGAAAUUGUAAAUGAACAAAACUGCAAUCCAACGUUUAAGGUAUUUUUGCCAAACAAUAUUCGACAGAAACUACAGAGCUUUCCUCCAAUUAUACAGGUUCAUGGGCAAAUUUUUCAUCUCGCUGGAUCGCUGUUGCCGUAUCCAGAUCAAGAACACAAAUAUCUCCAAAUUUACUUUCUGGGAGAUUCACAUGAUGAAGUAAAUCGGCGUUGUGCUAUCUUCAAUACAACGAAAAGAGAGCAAAUGUUACACGAACACAGUGGCCUCAUUAAACUGUUUACGAUUUCGUUGGAACGUAUGCCAACAGAUGAUCAUAGUAUAAUCAUACAAGCGGACAAAAGACCAACAGGGACACAUGAAAGACAAUAUAAUGCACCUACAGUUAGCGAAAUAUCAGUUGUUGUCGUUGGAGAAAAUUUGCAGUCGCGUGAUAUUGUUAUCGAACGUAGAAAUCAAAACGCACUAAAACGGAUAAGUGAGACACAUCGGUCUUACGACGCAAUGCAAUAUCCGCUCAUGUUCUGCCGUGGAGAAGACGGAUAUCACUUAGGAUAUAAGAUGAUAAAUCCGGUGAAUGGUGUCGAGACAAAUAAAAAAGUCAGUUCAAUGAAGUUUUACGCAUGUCGAAUGAUGAUUCGCCAAAACUAUGACAACCACUUACUGAGAUAUGGACGGUUAUUUCAACAGUAUGAAGUUGACAUGUACGUUAAAGUUGAGACAGAACGACUUAAUUACAUGCGAUACAAUCAGUCGAAGUUGCGAUCUGAAGAGUAUAUUCACUUAAGAGAUGCAAUGAUUGGUGACGCGGAUAUUACAGAUAUUGGUCGACUCUAUAUUUUGCCAUCGACAUACAUUGGCAGUCCUAGACACAUGCAUGAGUACUCCCAGGAUGCGAUGACUUACGUGCGCAAUUAUGGACGGCCGGAUUUGUUUGUUACAUUUACUUGCAAUCCAAAAUGGCCAGACAUUACUAAUUUAUUGCAUCCCGGUCAAUCACCACGUUACGACGUUACAGCACGCGUGUUUAAACAAAAACUCAGAUGUUUGAUGGACUUUAUUACGAAACAACGUGUAUAUGGCACUGUUCGAUGCUGGAUGUACUCAGUGAAGUGGCAGAAGAGAGGUUUGCCCCACGCACACAUUCUUCUUUGGAUGGUGGAGAAAAUUACACCUGACCAAAUUGAUGACAUCAUUUCCGCCGAAAUUCCUGAUGUUGAAAUAGAUCCAGAGUUGCACGAAGUGGUGAUGGCCAAUAUGGUUCAUGGGCCAUGCGGAGAACACGAUCCAUCUUCGGUUUGUAUGUCGGACAGUAAAUGCAAAAAACGCUAUCCCCGUGCUUUCAUUUCGAAAACUCAAACUGGAAACGAUGGAUACCCUCUCUAUCGGCGUCGCUCACCCGCUGACAAUGGCAGAACAUUCAUCACUCAAUUGAAAGGAAAGAAUUUCGUGGUUGAUAACACAUGGUUCGUUCCAUAUUCGCCAAUUUUGUCUAAGGCAUUCAAAACACAUAUAAAUGUUGAGUAUUGCAGUUCAAUAAAAUCAAUUAAGUAUGUUUGCAAAUAAGUUACCAAAGGAAGCGAUAUGGCGGUUAUUGGCGUUGAACGAGAUGAAAUUAGCAAAUUUCAAAUGUGCAGAUAUGUGAACUGCAACGAAGCAAUCUGGAGAAUAUUUUCAUUUGCAAUUCAUGAACGCCAUCCUACUGUUGUGCAUCUGGCAGCUCAUUUGGAGAAUGGCCAGCGUUUAUUUCAACGCAGAGAACAUAGUACAGCGAACGGAAAUAGCACCAGAAACCACUUUAACAAGUUUCUUUGCAACUUGCGCCAGUGAUCCGUUCGCGUGAACAUUGCUUUACUCGGAGAUGCCUCGGUAUUAUACAUGGAAUGCAUCGUCGAAGAAAUGGUUGUGCAGGAAGAACGGCCAUCCGGUAGAUGGUUAUCCAGGUGUUUUUUCAACUGAUGCAUUGGGAAGAAUUUACACAAUCCAUCCAAAGAUGCUUUCACCGACGUUUGCUUUUGAUUAAUGUACGUGGUUCAGCUUCAUUUGAAUCAUUGAGGACUGUAGAUGGUACCAUUUGUGCAACAUUUCUACAAGCAUGUCAACAAUUACAAUUGCUUGAACACGACAGUCACUGGAAUCAAACGCUAGCGGAUGCAAUAGCUUCUACACCAGCCACUGCAGUUCGUACACUUUUCGCUAUUAUAAUUUCGACAUGUCAGCCUUCAAACCCGCGUCUAUUAUGGAAUACGUACAAAGAUGACAUGACAGAAGAUAUUUUGCAUCGCCUGCGAUUAGCGACGAGAAAUGUCGACUUACAAAUGAACGCUGACAUCUACAAUGAAGCAUUAGUCCUUAUUGAAGAUUUAUGUUUACUUAUGAGAGGAAAACUAUUGAUUGAAGUUCAUAUGCCGGCACCAAGUCGUCAAACAAGGGAUUUAGUGAGUCGCGAAUUGGAACGCGAGCGUGCUUACGAUAUAACUCACUUGCAACAACAAGUACAAACAAAUGUUCCACUGUUGAAUGAACAGCAAAGCAGUGCGUACAAUCAGCUAAUAAAUGCUGUAGAUAGUGGAAACGGUGGCAUAUUUUUCUUCGAUGCGCCCGGCGGGACUGGCAAAACGUUCCUAUUGUCUUUAAUACUAGCAGCAAUACCUAGUCAAGGUGGUAUUGCAUUAGCUCUUGUAUCUACCGGGAUUGCUGCAACACUGUUAGAAGGUGGAAGAACGGCACAUUCAGCAUUAAAGCUUCCAUUAAACUUGCAAAUACACGAAAGUCCUGUUUGCAAUAUUUCAAAGCAAUCAGCAAUGACACAAGUUUUAAAAAAAAUGUAAGUUAAUCAUAUGGGAUGAAUGCACAAUGGCCCACAAACGAUCAUUAGAAGAACUCGACCGAACACUGAGAGAUUUGCGCAACAAUAAUCGUUGCUUUGGAGGAGUGAUGAUAUUGCUGUCGGGCGACUUUAGACAAACACUUCCCGUUAUUCCAAAAUCAACAGAAGGCGGAUGAGCUAAACGCAUGUCUGAAGUCAUCGCAUUUGUGGAGGUUUGUUAAAACCAUUUCAUUGACCAUGAAUAUGCGAGUUUUGCUGCAAAACGAUAGAAGUGCGGAGGUUUUUUCAAAAGAGCUGCUGCGAAUCGGAAAUGGAUAAGUUCCGAUAGAUCCUUGCAGUGGAUUAAUAUCGAUUCCAACUACGAUUUGCCAAUUCACAUCUAAUAAAUAUGAACUAAUCAGUAGUGUAUAUCCAAAUAUUGCUCAAAAUUAUGGUAACUACGAUUGGUUAAGCACGCGCGCAAUUUUAGCAGCAAAAAAUAUGGAUGUCAACGACUUGAAUUGGACGAUUCAAAAUCAAAUUCCGGGAGAACUGCGGUCAUAUAAAUCAAUCGAUCGCGUUGAAAAUGAAGACGAGGUAGUAAAUGACCCAGUGUAGUUCUUAAACUCUUUGAUGCCGCCUGGAAUGCCGCCUCAUAAUUUGAGUCUCAAAGUUGGGUCUGUAGUUAUUAUGCUACGGAAUCUUCAUGCUCCCAAACUGUGCAAUGGUACUCGACUGAUUGUGACCAAGCUAAUGGACAAUUUAAUAGUGGCAAGCAUUUUGAAAGGCCCGUUCAAGGGAGAGGAAUGCUUACUUCCCCGAAUUCCAUUAACUUCAACAGAUUUGCCAUUCCAAUUCAGAAGUUUGCAGUUCCCAGUGAAACUUUCAUUUGCGAUGACAAUAAACAAGUCACAAGGGCAGUCGCUGGAAGUAUGCGGCAUAAAUUUAGAAAUGUCUUGCUUUUCACAUGGCCAGCUCUAUGUGGCGUGUUCCCGUGUUGGAAAACCUUCCUCACUGUUUAUUUACGCCGCGGAACAGAAAACCAAAAAUAUCGUGUACCGUGCAGCCCUAAACUAAAUAUGUACUAAAAUUAUAUAUUUUCGAGACUCGAUUAAAACUAAUAAAAUUGAAUGAGAAUAGUACAAACUUAAUUUUAUUAAAUUGUCAACAAAUCCUGGACGUGAUAUGUCAGCGCUAUUGAAAAGAGUAGCAUUUUUCAAGCAAUUAAAUUCAAAAAGCAUUAAUGUACCCUCGAAAAAAAUGUUUAUCAGGCAGGUUCUGGCAAUUCACUUCCGAGUAAAAUUUGUAAAAAUUUUGUCAAAUUAGGUGCAGAAAGUAUUUUCCACAAAAUUUCACUCGGAAGUAAAUUGCAGAACCUGCCUGUAUAUCAUGUUUUUUUAUUUAAAUUUUUUAUCAAAAACAGUUCAAAAAAAUCAGCAAUAAUUUUUUCUUCACUAUUUUUCAAUAUUGUGAAUUUGUCAAGGACAAAAAAGGCGGUAUUUAAAGUAUACACAAUGAAAUUAGGAAAAAUCGUUCAUAUUCUAUUAAAACCAAUACCGUUUUAAUUUUUGAAAUGAAAAAAAAUCUAUUUUGGGCAGAACGAAGUUUGCCGGGUCAGCUAGUUUUAUUAUAACUAUAAAACAUGUUUUUUUAAGAAGUAGUGUAUUUAAAUAAGCGGACAAAUAUUGUGGAACCGUCAGUAUCCGGUUAUUGGAGGUUUCACUGUUCAAAGAACCGCUCUGCAUUUUGUUAACAUUUCUAUCAACGAAUCGACACUAGCUUUUUUGAGCGGAUCCAAUAUGAACAAGUUUUUUUUACAGUGAAAUGUUCAUGCAAUAUUGAAUGUACAAGUAUGUAUAUGUAUGCUGGUAUCACCAAUGCCCAUAGUUGUCUAAAUCUUACGACAGAUCACAUGGCGAUUUUGUAGUAUCAAUUUGUGAUCAAUUGUUUCCGAACAAACAACUGAUUUUUGACGACCUCAAGAUUCGUCUUGGAGUAAUCUACGACCUCACUAUACAAUCGAUAAACACUAGUACUGGAUGAAGCUUCAUUGUCAAAAAUUGAAUUUGAAUUGAAUAUUUGUACUUAAAAUUAAUAAAAUCGGGUGAAAACUUACCCUAGGCCUAAUAUUACUAACAAACCUCAUGUACACACGGAACGAAUUCUGAAAUCACAAAACGAUUAAAUAUUAAGAAUCGAGAAACCACUUUGAGAUCUUUUAUAACUGGUUUAAAUCAUCCCUUAAACUAUGUAAAUACUAUUGACCAAAUGCUCUUGCUAAGGCGCAAAGAGCUUCGUUCAAAUCAAAUGCGAUCACAAUUUGGUUUGCGUUUUUCCAAAAAAUGUAACGAAACUGGUUGAAAAGACCUGUAUCGAGGAUUUCUAAAUUUUCAAAAUAAUUGAAGAUAUUUUUAAAUGAAUGUCUAUUUAUACCAAAUGAAUCCCAAUAACCUAGAACCAAUGGACGGAGAUCAGACUACACAAGUAUUAAAUAAUCCCAGGCCUGUGCAAACAAGCCAACCACAAAUCAGGAGUAACAGGUAUAAAUGGCAGACCAUAUAUCAACCAACCAGUAUACCAAAGAGAAUAAGAGAAAGUAUAUUGAAGAAAACCUUUUUUAGGGAAAAUUUUUAGUAUUACAAAAGAUAAGGGACAACCAGGUGAUAUACCAUAUACGACCCGAAAUUUAUAAUAACCCAGAAAUUUUAAUAACAAAGAAGUAUGUAAGAACUCUUUAUGGUUCGACCCUCAUAAAAUAUUUUGAAAAUAUUAUUCGGUUUGAUAUUUUGGAAUUGAAUUCCUAAUUUAAAUUGGUGCAGCAACCGAUAUCCCAAAUAGCAAAUUGAUGUAUGCCAAUAAUAAAAUCGAAAAAAUAUAUGGCAAUAAAGUAAAAGAAAAUAAUGUAAAUAUAACGAAAAUAAAACUUCCAAGGCGUCCGCCGAAGUUAAUACUGGCAAACCUUAAAAAACACUUCAUCAAUAACUAAUAUGAAAAGUAUGAAAUAUAAUAUUACGAACAAGAUAAUAAACCAAACAAAUUUAAAUAAUAUAUUAAAACUCAAUAAUUUUUUUAAAUCACAAUUUUUUUUCAAUAUUUCUCUAAUUAUUGGAUCUGAGUUUUGUUUUAAAAGCCUAACAAUAAGUAAUAAAAUCUUAAAUCUAUUUAAAAAUUAGACAGGCUCAAGCAAGUGAUUGCUCUUUAAUACGCACGCAUAUCUCUUCUUUUAAGGCGUGUUUGAUCGCAGGAUUGUACCAAAGCAUUGGCCAAAAGGCUUAGGUGAUCUCGUAGUUUAGCUAUAUAUUUCAUUCUGCUGUCCCCUACUUCUUUCAUUACCAUAGGAAUACCAAAAUCUUUAUAGAUAUUUUCAUUACGCAUGUACCAUGGUGAACACGUGAUUGAUAUAAGUAUUUUUGAUUGGAAACUUUGUAUUAUAUCAAUAUUAGUUGCACAGGUCG